AUGUUGGGAAACUAUUUCGGCAGUGAAGCUCUAAAGAAAACAACCGUUUACGAGUGGCAUGAACGCUUCAGAAGUGGUCGUGAAUCUGUCGAGGAUGACGAACGUAGUGGCAGGCCGUCGACAUCGAAAACCGACGAAAACAUCAAUAAAGUGAGAGAAAUGUUAAUCAAUAACCGCAAAUUAACUAUCAGAGAGCUGGCAGAGGACUUAAACAUUGCUUAUGGAUCCGUUCAGGACAUUGUAGUUAAUGAUUUGGGUUUGCGCCGUGUUGCUGCAAAGUUGGUCCCGAAGGAACUGAAUUUCAUGCAAAAAAGGGACCGCGUUGACAUCGCCAAAGACAUGAUUUCCAAAGCUGAAUCCGACCCAACAUUCAUCAAACGCAUCAUUACUGGAGACGAGACGUGGGUUUAUGAGUACGACACGCAAUCUUGA